UUUCCGAGCAUUUCCACGACUGUCUGGCUCAGUGUUCCACAGAAGUGAAGGGAGAUAACAACGCUGUCAUUACUUUCCUGCCCUGUAGGUGGCGCCUUGUCACAGGGUCGAUGAAGUUUAGACGCUUAAAAAAAUCUGCUGGCUCCCGAGAUCGAGAACGCGCUGUGAGUCGCUUCCCCAGCAUGUGUUUACUCCUAAAAGUUCCUGUCACUGUACUAGCAGGACUAUGUCUGCUGUGACGCCUCCUGUUAAUGGCCGGCAUGUUUCUCAUCGACGUGAGUUAGAAGAGCUACCAACGGAAAACCGGAGAAGACAGCAUAUUCCUCCGCCUGUCCAGGGUGGAAGGCAGGCACCACUGCACAGCCAGCGGCACCGGACUGAUGUCAGCCAGAACCGCCCUCGAACUGAUCCCAGUGCAACCUGGUCCCGCACGAAUGAUCCCAGUACCAGAGAGCCUCUGUUGGACGACUGUGAGCGAAUGGGGACUCUGUUUGGUUCGCUCAACAAGUGUCUGCGGGGAAUGGGCUUCAGCCAGAUGUACUUUGGGGACAAAAUAGUGGAGCCGGUCGUGAUCGUCUUCUUCUGGCUGCUGCUCUGGUUCCUGGGCAUCCAGGCCUUAGGACUGGUGGGAACUCUGUGUAUUAUCAUCAUCUACAUCCAGAAAUAAUGUUGAUGAUUUGAGUGGUGCUUGGUGAAACUCUGGAGAGGCCUGUACUUAUACACUCUUGGUGAUUUACGAUGCUUUAUAAUUGUGAUUGUCCAUCUGGAGCCUUCACUUGCUUUCCACAGUUGAUGCAAACAAUGGAGACUGAUUAAAGAAAAACCAGCACAGAGCCAGAUUAAUGGAUUUGAUCAUCUUGCAGUAUUUACCACAGAGGACGCGGUGUCAGUUUGGGGUAUUUUUGUGGCUGGUUUGAUUGCAUGCACGUUUGUGUUCAUGUACAUUUUUGGGAGAAAUAUUAAAUGAAUCCCACAAA